CUCCUUGCUUGCCACGACCAGACAUGACUGAAAUCAAGGCUGAAAACAGACAAAGCUCAGAACCUCGCAACACAACAAGACUGAAAGAGAACUAAGAAGAAAGCCUUUAUAAGCUUUCCUAGGGGUGGAGUCAGGAGCGAGUUUUUCAUUGGUCCUAACUUGGCUCCAGAAACAGCCAAUCAAGUCAAGAGUCGGUGUCGUUACGUAGUUAUUACAGAAAACGCAAGGUCCCUACAUCAACCAAUGGGAAUGAAGGGCUUUUGGAGCCCUAAUUUGCAUAAGGUGGUUAUAAAAGCGUCAAGCCCGCCCAUUCUCGUACUUCUUUUCUUUCCUGAAUCGUGUUUGUGUUGUGACUUGCCAUGCCUGAGCCGGCAAAAUCCGCUCCUGCUCCUAAGAAGGGCUCCAAGAAAGCCGUCACCAAGGCCCAGAAGAAGGACGGCAAGAAGCGCAAGCGCAGCCGCAAGGAGAGCUACUCCAUCUACGUGUACAAGGUACUCAAGCAGGUCCACCCCGACACCGGCAUCUCGUCCAAGGCCAUGGGCAUCAUGAACUCCUUCGUCAACGACAUCUUCGAGCGCAUCGCCGGCGAGGCGUCCCGCCUGGCGCAUUACAACAAGCGCUCGACCAUCACUUCCAGGGAGAUCCAGACGGCCGUGCGCCUGCUGCUGCCGGGCGAGCUGGCCAAGCACGCUGUGUCCGAGGGCACCAAGGCGGUCACCAAGUACACCAGCUCGAAGUAAAGGUGCGCAAGCGACGCAGUCGAGCAACUACCCCAAAGGCUCUUUUCAGAGCCACUUCCGUCAUCCGAGAAAACAGCUGUAAACACUUGUUAGCUUUUGUUUAGGUAGGGGUUUUGAC